AUGCUCCACGCACGCCAGGCGAGCGGGCCAGGCUCCACCGACGCGAUGGAGGUCUAUGAUCGCUACCAGGGCGGUCACCAUGGCGAGCCGGAACGGACGGUGGGCGCCGGCUUCCUCGCCAACGGAGCCGUGCCGCCGAGUGCCACAACCGCUCCUGCGGCAGAUGCCUCCCGUGACCACGGCCUGAUCAGCGUGCCAGAGGACUCGCAGCUCACUACUGCGACGGCCGCGGCCUCUAGCCCUCUGGCCGCCUCCGACGUCUUUGGGAGCCCGACACCGGCCUCGCCGCUCGCACCCGACCAACGCGGGCCCGACUCGGCAUCGCCCUCCAAACCCCACUUUGGCCUCGUCCAGGCGGCCGGCCGACCCGAACUCGAGGCGCGGCGGCUGUCGGACAUGUCGAAGCCGUUGCCGACCUUGCCCGCUGCCGCAGCUGCCGAGCAGCUGCACCUUCCCGCUCUGGACCCGAGCUCUGGUGGCGCGGUGCUGCCGGAUCGCAGCGCGGUGCACGGCAGCCUCGUUGACGCGCACGCGGACCCGGUGCGUUCGCUGGCCGACAGCAACCGCAACAGCAUCGACGACAUCCGACGCAAUCAUGCUGCCCGGCACGCUCGCACCAACCAGGCGGGCAGCGCGGCUGGUGCCGACAUCGACAGGUCUGUCGCCCUGGCGGACCCGGCCACGCCGACCCCAACCUCGCACGCGCACUACGUCUCCGACAUGUCGCCGAGCGCGCCCGCCAGCGCGGUCGGUAGCGGGCCCGGAGGCCACAGCAGCCGGCACCGACGCGGCGUGGGCUCGGAGCCGCCGAGGCCUGCCAGCGUGCUCGAGACGCGGGCGGCGCGGCAGGAGGCGGCGCAGCGCCAUGCCGGCCUGCAGGAAGAGGACGAUGAUGGCCGCGGCGGCGACGGCAGCAGCGAUACCAUGGGCCACAUCGAGCUCCCCGGCUCGUCGUCGCAGGAGACGGCCAACCCGCACCGGCAACCGCAUCCGCAGUCGCAGUCGCUGGCGCACCCGCAUCCGCAGCCCCACCCGCAGUCGCAGCAGCGGCUGCGCGCCGCCCGGGAGCGCGAAAAGGAGCAGCGGGACCGGGACCGCGAGCGUGAGCGCGAGCGCGAGCGCGAGAGGGAAAAGGAGCGGGAGCGGGAAAAGGAUCGCGAGCGCCGCAGCCGGCGGAUGCUGGGCGACUACGCUAUGGGCAAGACGCUCGGCGCCGGCAGCAUGGGCCGCGUCAAGCUCGGCGUCAAGAUGGGCAACGGCGAAAAGGUGGCCAUCAAGAUCAUCCCGCGCCACACGUCGAUGGCGGCGCUCCAGCAGCCGCGCUCGUCGGCCAACGCCGCCACCGACGAGAGCGGCAAGCCGCAGCCGCCGCCGCCACCACCGACGCAGUCGUACAUCGCCAAGGCGGCCGCCAAGGACCAGUCCAAGGAGGUGCGGACGAUGCGCGAGGGCUCGCUCCAGCUGCUGCUCCACCACCCCUACGUCUGCGGCAUGCGCGAGAUGAUGAUCCACCCGAACCACUACUACAUGGUGUUUGAGUACGUCAACGGCGGCCAGAUGCUCGACUACAUCAUCAGCCACGGCCGGCUGCGCGAGAGGAGCGCGCGCAAGUUUGCGCGCCAGAUCGGCAGCGCGCUCGAGUACUGCCACCGCAACAGCAUCGUCCACCGAGACCUCAAGAUCGAAAACAUUCUCAUCUCCAAGAGCGGCAACAUCAAGAUCAUCGACUUUGGCCUCAGCAACCUCUUCUCGCCGCACUCGCACCUGUCGACAUUCUGUGGCUCGCUGUACUUUGCGGCGCCCGAGCUGCUCAACGCCAAAGUUUACACUGGGCCCGAGGUCGACGUGUGGAGCUUCGGCAUCGUCCUGUACGUGCUCGUGUGCGGCAAGGUGCCGUUCGACGACCAGAGCAUGCCGGCGCUGCACGCCAAGAUCAAGCGCGGCCAGGUCGAAUACCCGGCGUGGCUGAGCGGCGAGUGCAAGCACAUCCUGUCGCGCAUGCUCGUCACCAAUCCGGCCAACCGCGCCACGCUCACCGAGAUCCUCGCUCAUCCGUGGAUGACGAAGGGCUACGACGGCCCGCCGGACCCGCACCUGCCCGACCGCACGCCGCUGCGCGCCGGCAACCUCGAUCCCGAGGUGGUUCGCGGCAUGACGGGCUUCGAGUUCGGAACGCCCGAGGCCAUCGAGGCCAAGCUCAACGACGUUCUCACCAGCGAGGCCUACCUGGCCGCGCUCCACGCGUGGGAGGUCAAGCACCUGCCGCCGGGCAUCGUCAGCGCCGCCGGCGCCGGCCUCAAUGGCGCCUCGGCCUCGGCCGCCGGCGCCAGCACGUCGUCGAUCGAGUCGCCCGGCAACGGCAGCAGCGUCAAUCGCGCCAUCAGCCGCGGCAGCUCCAACACCGACACGGCCAAGUCCAAGGGCGGCUCGCGCCGCUUCUCCGGCAUCGACUUCUACCGCAAGAAGCUGUCUGGCAACCCGCUGGCGGCGGCGUUUGGCGGUGGCAGCAAGGACGACUCGUCGAUCGGCACAGGCAGCGGUGGCGGCGGCAGCGGAGGCGGCUACGGGGCCAGCGCCAACGGAGCCUCCAACGGCCUCAGCUGGGGCUCGAGCGGCAAGGAGACCAUCGACCCGACCAAGGGCUUCCACCCGCUCAUCUCGAUCUACUUUCUCGUUCGCGAGAAGAUGGAGCGCGAGAGGCUCUACGGCCACUCGUUCUUCGCCUCGUCGAACCUCUCUCUCACCAACAGUUCGGCCGCCGCGGCGUCUUCUUCGCAGGCCAACACCAUCAGCGCCGCUGCUGCCGGGAGACCUCCCGCGGCGAUGCCCACCGCCGCCGACAUUCCGCAGGAGGCGCUCCGCAUGCCCGAGGCGCCGCACGUCUCCAACCGCGCCUACGACCCGUCGCGCCAGGAGGCCGCGUUUGCUGCGGCGCCCGCACCGCCGCGGCCCGUCGCCGCCUCGGUGCCGCCGUCGCCCACGCCCGUGUUUGACUCGCGCGAAAAGUCGAGGCCGAUGGCCAACAUGGUCGGCCCGCCGCGCGCCCGCGCCAAUGCCGAAGAGAUCGAGGCGGCGCUCCGCGAAAAGGGCCUGCCGGUUCCGGUGUCGAUGCCUGCGCCGGCGUCGUCGACGAUGCGCGCCUCGGCGCUCGGACCGGCCGAUGCUGGAGUGCCCGCGUCGCGCGCCUCGAUGAUGGGGCCCGAGCCCAGCUUCGCCGUCGCGCACCACCACAAGCGCAGCGUCAGCCUCACUGCGCGACGACCCUCGAGCGCCGCCGGUCCGGUGGGCAGGCUGUCGCCGGCGGUGCCCCUGCCCCUCCCGCCACAUGCCACCCCGCUCACGUCGGGCGCAGGCGAUCAGCCGACCCUCGUUGACCAUCCCGCGGGAGCUGACACCGUCGGCGGCGAGGCGACGAUGCGGCCAUCGAGCGCAGCCGCAUCCGCCGCCAUGGCCGCCAAUCGGGACAACCGCAAGAGCAUCCAGGUCGUCACGCCGCUGCCUCGUCUGGGCGGCGGCGAGUCCCCUUCGGUGCCGUCGUCGCCGGCGCCCGCUCAGGGAGGCUACGGGGCCAGCCUGGCGCGGCGCUUUGGCUCGUUCAUGAGUCGCUCUCCCUCGACGCCGCUCGAUGCCGACGCCAAGGAGCGCAGGCGGCACGCCAGGAUGAGCACUGGCGGCAUCGGGCCCGCGUCGCGGCGCGGCAGCAUCCAAGUUGGCUUGUCGGGCGUCGAGGAGAGCGACGUGGCCCGCAAAGACCAGCAGCAGCAGCAUCAGCAGCACCAGCAGCAACAGCAGCAGCAGUCGGACGACGACCCGUUCACGGCGCCGGCCAACGGGGCCACGGUGCGUCGUUCGGGCACGCUGGGCGACAUGCCGACCUCGCGGGCGAAUGGCGCCGGCGCGGGGCGCAAAGAGGCCUCGCUGGGCCCGGCCUCGGUGGGUCGUGCGGCUGGCCUGUCGAUGUCGCCGCCCAACGGCAGCGGCGGCGCCACUUCGUCGGGACGCCGGCCGAGCACGGGCAUCAACCCGUCGCUCAGCGCGCCGUUGGGCUCCCUUUCGCAGGAACCGUCGGCGCGCUCGCGCGAGGGCGCCGGCGGCUGGAUCGGGGUGACGAGCCCGGCCCAGGCCGAGAUUCUCUCGUCGACGUCCAAGCACGGCGGGUCUGCGCUGGCCGCCGCCAACGGGCGCGAGCACGGCUCCAAACCCGUGUUCCUCAAGGGCCUGUUCAGCGUCCAGACAACGAGCACCAAGCCGCGCGCCGUCAUCCAUGCGUCGCUGGUCAAGGUGCUCGACCUCAUCGGCGUCCAGUACCGCGAGAUCAAGGGCGGCUACGAGUGCGUCCACCUGCCCAGCCUCGACUUUUCGGGCGCCGACUCGCUGGGCCAGGGCAACGUCCGCAUCCCGAUCGAGGAGCACCAGGCGGCGAUGGCGGCGGCCGCCGCCGUCGGCAACGGCAACAGCGCCAACGCCGCUUCGGGUGCCGAUGCGAUCGAGAGCAUGAUUGGCGCGACGGGGGACGAGGUACGGCAGCCGAAGCGCAAGCAAAGCCGCAUCUCGUUUGUCUCGAGCCGCAAGGACAAGGAGCGCGCGCGGCGCGAAGGCUCGGUGGCCGAGAGCGCGUCGCCGAUGCCGCCGCCGCUGCCGGCCAAGACGAUGAAUACGGCGGCGGCGACCGAGCUGGCGGUGCGCUUUGAAAUCUUUGUCGUCAAGGUGCCGCUGCUGCUCGGCGUCAAUGGGCUCCAGUUCCGCCGGGUGGCGGGCAACCCGUGGCAGUAUCAGAUGCUGGCCAAGCGGAUCCUCCAGGAGCUCAAGCUGUGA